AUGUCUGACCCUGUCGAGGAAUCGGUGACUGCGGACAUUCACGUGUAUGUCGUCCCACCGCUGUUGUGGAACAACGAUUUAAACACGGCAUUCUCGGAUCUGUUCAAACAGACUGUGUCUGCCGGCAUUGUCCGGCCCAAUUUGAACCAAACGCUAUCGGAAUUCAGACGAGAAAUAGAAAACCAAUUGGGAUUUCAAUUUUUACCGAAGGAUUAUGUGUUUUGUAAAAACGUUGGACAUUCGCUGGGACGCAUUCGUCCGCAUCAAGAAUCGCUGUUUCAAGUGAAAGAAUUUCUACCACCACUGACCAACGAACCAGAAAUCUAUGUUAUCGAUUUGGGUGCUCUGGUUGAGGAAACUUCGAAACCACCAACCCCAGACGCGACAAUACAAACACGCGCGCGGUCUCUGUCCGUGAGACCGAUUGAACCGGCGAAUGUUCCGCCACCGAACAUGUCUGGAGAAUUUUUAGCGAUUAACGGACAAUCCAAUCAGCUGGGUCAACAACUAUUUCCUCGCGGAUCGUUAGUUUCCCCGGGAAUCGUCUUCACAAACAUUCAAGAUUCGUUAGUGCGGACGGGAUCGAACAUGACUUACAACGCCCAGGAAACAGGCACAAAUCCCAAUAUGAAUGCCCAAGCAGGGCAGCAAGUACCGAACAUCCUGGUUUCCAGUCCAAUUCAUCCAAUGUGA